CACAAUCUCUCUCUCUCUCUCACACACACACAGAGGCACACACACAGACACACACCCAGACUCACACCACACACUCACUCACUCACACACUCACUCAGCCAUACAUAUAACCCUCCUACACUCAUACAAUGACAGACGAAGAAAUAGGAACAAGCACACCUUGUUUUCUAGUGUUUGGCGGUCCGAACGGAGCUUUUUAAGACAGGGAGCUGACGGCUUGUUGCUGCGGCAAAAUACAUAACUAACAAACAAUAAUAACACUAAAAAUAUUCUUAAAACCCGUGGGAAGAACGAAUGUUGCAGCAAACACAAUUUUAAUGGAACACAGCUUUGUAGAAAUUUCUAAAACUGAAGAUAAGCAACCUUUUAAUAACCUCAUACAUUUCAAUAUGAACCAGUGGUUUCUUGCCUUAGCCACCAACUUGCCUCAACAUCUUUGUGCAUUCUUUACUUGAACAUAUCACUUGUGAAAGAAUUUUAUAUUUGGAGAUUAUUUACAUAUCCCAGUGCCCAAGGAUUACUGUUAAGGGAUUCUCAUGGAUGCUCAACUGCUUUGAAUUUUUAUGGAACUUUGACAUACAAUAUCGGUUAAAUCUCCCUUGAAGGUACUUGACACCAAAUUCUUUUUUACAUAGAACAAAAUAAGAAACCAAAAGGAAAAUCCAAGUAAUGUCAUUGCUGAAUAUUAGAUCAUGGAAUUAAGCUUAAGUGUGGAUAAUCUUUCUACUGCGGAACAGCACCAGAUCUGGGAAGUUCUUCAAAGAGACCAAGCACUUCAAAACAAACAGUACAGCAAAAUCAAUGAGCUGAAAAAUGAAAUCCAGGACAUUCGCAUGAAAGGAAUUCUACGAGAUGGAGACGAUUCAUCUCGAUUGUGUGCCCGUUGUCAUUCUCCGCUGGGCGUUAUUUUUAACAAGGGUGAAGUAUGCCCAAACUGUCGUUUCAAGAUGUGCAAAAACUGCCGUGUUGCUCUCUUCAGUGGUGGCUGGACAUGUAUUUUCUGCUUCAAAAAUAUGCAAUUGAAAUGGCUAUCUGGAGACUGGACUCAUGGGAAACUUCGUCCCAGAGGUCUAACCAGAAGAGCCUCUGGUUCAGACUUGAUCCGGUCAGUUUUGGUGAAAUCUGUUACUCCUGCACCUGGAAAUGCUGGCAAAGCUGUAACAGAAGAAAUCCGUCGAGCAAUAACAAAUGGAAGUGUACCACCACCUGAUGAACUGGAAAGAGACAGUAGCCAGGAGAAUUCACCAGUUGGAGGUUCAACACUGCAUGACACAGAUGUAGAGCGUGUUGGUUUUCCUUCUGAAGCAGACAGCUUCCGACUGUCUCGCCUCAUUGGGUCAUAUGGAGGCGGCAACCCUAGUGAAGAGAAAGAACGCGUUUGUGUUAAGAGGGUUAGUAGUCGGCCAUAUCGAGAUUCAGACAGUGACUCAAGCUCUUCCAUAGCCACCUCACCAACACUUUCUGCUGCCAAAAAAUCUGGAAACAUAUCAACAUCAUCUCUGUCCACACAAGACAAAACUAUUGAAGGAGACGUGGGGGUUGAACAGAAUGGCCACAAAAAACUUUCUCCAGUGUCAAAUUUUGCACAAGAAAAGCAACCAAGCAAUAAUGUGGCUGGAAGCUCAUCUAAUAGUAAUGAAAUUGAACAAAGUAGCCCCAAAUUUUCAUCACCCGGCUUAUCACUGCAGGUUGACUCUAAACCACGACUUUUAGAUCUGGCAAAAUCUAAUCCAUCUUCUCCAAAAAAUAUGUCACAAUCCAUUGAUGGUAGCCACUCUGCACUAACUACACAAAACAUUUCUGCCUCAAUUGACAGUGGUAAAAUUCCAACGUCUUAUCAAGCAGAUGCUGGGUCAGAACAAGAAUUGUUUCCUUUAAGUCCAUCUUCUGUGUCCAGGAAUAUACCCUCAUCAGAUGGGUCAGACAAUGAACAGCCGAUUGAUUCCUAUUUUGUCACGGAUCUUGCAUCAAAAGAUGAUAUCUCACAAACAAAGAAAACAGAAAUUGAAUCUGUCAAACCUUUAGGCCUGGUAGAUAAGGAGGAUGGUGAUGUACUUACCUUUACUGGAGAGAAGCAGCAAGUUCAUUCUGACCAAUUUGGUGAAUCUGAUAAGUCUAAACAUUCUACAAUGUCUGUGCAAAAAGAAUCUGAUAGUCUCUUUUCUGCAAACAGGGGAGAUGUUAAAAUUUCUCCUGGCAAAACUUUAGACAUUACAAUGAAAAAAACUGAAGAGUCUUACUUAAAUGAAAUACCUGAAGGAAAAGUUCAUUCAAUACAGAAGCCAAGGUUUCCUUUCCAAAGUACUCCGUCAGCUGACAGUUCCAGAAAGAUGUUUGAGCAAUCUCCAUUUACUGAAGAUGAUAAAGCAACAAAAAUGAUCAAACAACCCAGUAAACAGACAGUUGACCUUCAUAACAACGAAGUUGAAGAGGAAAAAGUUGGAUUUGUCCAAAAAUCUAGAUUUCCAUCUAAUGUCAAUAUGCCAAGUCAACUUCCGACAAAAAUUUUUUAUGACAAAGAAGACAAAGACCACAAAGAGGAACUUGUCACCCCCAAAAUAACAUCAACACAUGAAACUAAACGAAAAGUUGUAAAGGAAUAUCAACAGGCAGAUGAACAAGCACGUUCUGAUUUAAAAGACCCAUCAACCAAAUUGUCAACAAAAGUCCUACAUGAUACUGAUAGUAAAGACAAAUUUCUUAAAAAACCAGUGAAAGAUACUAGUGAAGAAAAAUUUGGGGUGGCAGAUAAGAAUGUACUUCUAGCUCCAUCAAUUCCAUCAUCAGGUGAUAGUCAACAUAGUGAUAAAAGUUCCUCUCAGAACAUUGGUGGGAAAAUUACCAACAAACAGCCUCCAAAGGAAGAUGAUUCAUUUAAUCCCUUUGAUAAAUACUAUAGAAUUAAAAAGGACAUCAAAAUAUCUCCCAGUAAUACAGAUGGCUCUGAAAAAGUUUCUACAGUAAAUUUAGAAAAGCCUACAGAUGGUGAAAUGCCUGAAGAAAAACUUGAGGCAACAGACAAGCCAAGGCUUCCUUUCCAAGCUUCUCCUUCAGUUCUCAGUUACAAAAGAAAAAUCUUUGAGCAAUCUCCAUUUACUGAAGAUGAUGAUAAAGCUAGGAAAAUGGUCAAGCAACUCCCUAAACAGAAUAACAAAAUAGAAGAGGAAAAAGUUGCAGUUAUCCAAAAAUCUAGAUUUCCAUCUAUCAAGAAAUCAAAUCAACUUUCAACUGAUAGGGAGAGUAAGGAUGAUGCUCAAGAUAAGAAAGCUGUCCCUCAAAUUUCAAAACUUGAUAAACCAAAAGAUGAACUGACAGAUAAAAAAUCGUACUCUCUCUCAAAAGACCCAGUUCUACAUGAUACUGACAGUAAAGACAAAAUUCUUAAAAAACCAGUGAAAGAUACUAGUGAAGAAAAAUUUGGGGUGGCAGAUAAGAAUGUACUUCUAGCUCCAUCAAUUCCAUCAUCAGGUGAUAGUCAACAUAGUGAUAAAAGUUCCUCUCAGAACAUUGGUGGGAAAAUUACCAACAAACAGCCUCCAAAGGAAGAUGAUUCAUUUAAUCCCUUUGAUAAAUACUACAGAAUUAAAAAGGACAUCAAAAUAUCUCCCAGUAAUACAGAUGGCUCUGAAAAAGUUUCUACAGUAAAUUUAGAAAAGCCUACAGAUGGUGAAAUGCCUGAAGAAAAACUUGAGGCAACAGACAAGCCAAGGCUUCCUUUCCAAGCUUCUCCUUCAGUUCUCAGUUACAAAAGAAAAAUCUUUGAGCAAUCUCCAUUUACUGAAGAUGAUGAUAAAGCUAGGAAAAUGGUCAAGCAACUCCCUAAACAGAAUAACAAAAUAGAAGAGGAAAAAGUUGCAGUUAUCCAAAAAUCUAGAUUUCCAUCUAUCAAGAAAUCAAAUCAACUUUCAACUGAUAGGGAGAGUAAGGAUGAUGCUCAAGAUAAGAAAGCUGUCCCUCAAAUUUCAAAACUCGAUAAACCAAAAGAUGAACUGACAGAUAAAAAAUCGUACUCUCUCUCAAAAGACCCAGUUCUACAUGAUACUGACAGUAAAGACAAAAUUCUUAAAAAACCAGUGAAAGAUACUAGUGAAGAAAAGUUUGGGGUGGCAGAUAAGAAUGUACUUCUAGCUCCAUCAAUUCCAUCAUCAGGUGAUAGUCAACAUAGUGAUAAAAGUUCAUCUCAGAACAUUGGUGGGAAAAUUACCAACAAACAGCCUCCAAGGGAAGAUGAUUCAUUUAAUCCCUUUGAUAAAUACUACAGAAUUAAAAAGGACAUCAAAAUAUCUCCCAGUAAUACAGAUGUCUCUGAAAAAGUUUCUACAGUAAAUUUAGAAAAGCCUACAGAUGGUGAAAUGUCUGAAGAAAAACUCGAGGCAACAGACAAGCCAAGGCUUCCUUUCCAAAAUGCUUCUUCAUUUGUCAAUUCCAGAAUAAAAAUGUUUGAAAAAUCUCCACUUACUGAAGAUGAUGAUAAAGCUAGGAAAAUGAUGAAGCAAGCCCCUAAACAGACAGAUAAUAAGAAAGUAGUAGAGGAUGAAAUUGGGACUACCAUAAAACCUAAAUUUCCAUCAGGAAUUUCCUCCCCAAAUUGGUCUUCUGUAAAGAAAGCAAAUGAAAAAAUUGGGAAAAAUCUAAAAGCAACAACUCCUGUAAAAACAAGGGACACACCAGAUAAUACAGAUUUUAUUGACAGAUCUGAGUUAAAAAUUCAAAUCCAAGAAAAACAAAGAAUUGUAUUCUCAAGAAAGAAACCCAGUGACAGUGUAUCAAGGAAUUUCCUUGAAAGAAAUAUUAAAGACUCCUCAGGUGAGAGAGAUUCUACAUGUACACCAGCUAAGAGCUCUUCAGAGCAAGUAAAGGAUGUUAAAAAGAAGAAAAAUUCACAAAUAGAAAUCGUUCCAGUUGCAGGAAAAUCUAGAUUUCCAUUUCGAGGAGAAGCGCCACAUCAUCAUUUGAGUAAAGAUACUUCAGAGAAUCAAGUGGCUGAUGUGAAGGACGUUAUGUCUAAGCAAAUUUCAGAGUCUCGGGAAACAGAAAACAAUAGAAGUGGACAAGUUUCUGAUAAAGAUCACACCAUUCAACAUAAACCACAAACAGAUUUUUACAAAACUAAUAUCCAAGACUUCCACUCAGAUUCUGGUAUCCAGUACCCUAAUUCUCAAAAGGAUCCUACUUUUCUUUCUACAAAACCAAAAAGUGUUCACUUAGUUGAUAAUUCUAAAAGCCCUAUUCAAGACAAAAAAGAAGUAAUUUCCUCUGUUAAGGAAUCCCAGUUGGAUUCUUUUUCACAUAAAGAUAAAAUAUCACCAUCCUUGCCUUCACCUUCAAAUAACACUAACCAAGUCUCAAGCAUAAGAUCUGAACAGAAGGGUGUAUCCGAUCCUGAAAAAUAUAACAAUGAUAAACUCGGGUUAUUAUCAGCAGCCAGUGAUGGUAGAAAGGUACCCAUCCAUCCUGAUCUAAUAUCAUCUACAAAUGAUUGGAUAGAUCAUAAAGAAACUAAAUUACCAUUUAGUUCCAGAGAAACCAUCAAAAGAAGUAAACCUAAAACUUCUAAUAGUUCUGGAAAUAUUUUAUCUGUAGGUCAUGUGGUCCCUUCUGAUGUAAGACCUCAGUUAGCAUCAAAACCAGUAACCGAUAAGCCUACAGCUAGUAGUUCCCUUUCUAAGCCUAUUACUGCAGCCCAGACCUCUCAGCAGACGUCUCUCAAUUGGAUAGAUCGAAAAGAGACAUUCUUUUCUGCUGAGCGCACAAAAGCAACAAGAAGAAAGCACAAAUCUGAAAAAGAUGAGUCAGAUGAGAAAAAAUCUACAUCUGAUGAUUAUAAGUCAUUUCCAGAGAAGUAUCCUGAAAAUAGACCAGGUAGAGUUGAUCAAAGUCCUUCUUCUAGGCAUUCCCAAUCAGAUAAUAAAGUAAAGAAAUUCUCAAGUAGUAAUUAUUCUGAAGUAAAGGAAGUUGGAAUUUGUGAAGCUAAGCAAAAAUCUGGUUUGAUAACUCCCCCAGUUAAGGAAAUAACUUGCAAAGCUCCAUUAAAAAUAAAUAUUGAUUAUAAGAGUGAAACAGCUGUAGAUUGUCCCAAAGAUGUGGUAUCAACACCUCACUGUGAAUCUGAUAAAUCAACUGCUAACAUAUCCAAUGUUCAUGAUGAACAAACUGAUAAGAAGAAUAUACCAAGUUAUGAAAAUGUAGGGGUGUUCAGUGAACCUGAUAUGAAAAUGAAUUUAGAAAAUGAAACAUCUGGAACCAAAUCUGCUGAUAAGCAUGUGGCAAAUUUGGCUUCUCAAAAAACAAAAGAUGGACCAGAUGAAAAGAUAUCUUCUGACAAACUUGUAACAAACAAGACUCCUCCAAAAUCAAAAGAAACAACUUUUGGUCCGGAUAUAAAGGAACCAGAUGAUAAACAUGUGGCAGAAGUUACUUCUUCAAAAUCAAGAGAAACAACUUUUGGUCCAGACACAAAGGUAUCAGCUGAUAGACAUGUGGCAAAUUUGGCUUCUCCAAAAACAAAAGAGACAACGUUUGGACCAGAUGAGGAUAUAUCAGAGAACAGACAUGUGGCAAAUUUAGUUUCUCCAAAAUCAAAAGAGACAACAUUUGGUUCCGAAGAAAACAUACCUGCUGUUAAACAGUUUGCAAAAAUGACAAUACCCGAAACAAAAGAAUCAGAUGAAAAGAUAUUUGCUGUCAAACUUGAUGCAAAUUUGAAUUCUCCAAAAACAAAAGAGACAACCUUUGGUCCAGAUGAAAAGACACAAGAUGAUAAACAUGUGGUAAAUGUGGCUUCUCCAAAAACAAAACAGACAACAUUUGGCCCAGAAGAAGACAUAUCUGUUGUUAAACAGUUAGGAAAAAUGACAUUACCCAAAACAAAAGAAUCAACAUUUAGUCCUGACAAAAACAUAUCUGCAGACAAACAUGUGGAAAAUUUGGCUUCUCCAAAAUCAAAAGAGACAACAUUUGGUUCAGAAGAAAAUAUAACAGCUGACAAACAUGUGGCUAAGUUGGCUUCUCCAAAAAGAAGAGAAACAACAUUUGGUUCAGAAGAUAAUAUAUCAGCUGACAAACAUGUGGCUAAGUUGGCUUCUCCAAAAUCAAAAGAGACAACAUUUGGUUCAGAAGAAAACAUAUCAAAUUACAAACAUGUGGCAAAGUUGGCUUCUCCAAAAAGGCGAGAGACAACAUUUGGUUCAGAAGAAAACAUAUCAGCUGACAAACAUGUGGCAAAGUUGGCUUCUCCAAAAAGAAGAGAGACAACAUUUCGUUCAGAAGAAAACAUAUCGGGUGACAAACAUGGGGCGAAGUUGGCUUCUCCAAAAAGAAGAGAGACAACAUUUGGUUCAGAAGAAAACAUAUCUGCUGACAAACAUGUGGCAAAGUUGGCUUCUCCAAAAAGAAGAGAGACAACAUUUGGUUCAGAAGAAAACAUAUCAGCUGACAAACAUGUAGCAGAUUUGGCUUCUCCAAAAUCAAAAGAGACAACAUUUGGUUUAGAAGAAAACAUAUCAGCUGACAAACAUGUAGCAGAUUUGGCUUCUCCAAAAAGAAGAGAGACAACAUUUGGUUCAGAAGAAAACAUAUCAGCUGACAAACAUGUAGCAGAUUUGGCUUCUCCAAAAUCAAAAGAGACAACAUUUGGUUCAGAGGAGAACAUAUCAGCUGACAAACAUGUGGCAAACUUGGUUUUUCCAAAAUCAAAAGAGACAGCAUUUGAUUCAGAGGAAAACAUAUCAGCUGACAAACAUGUGGCAAAUUUGGCUUCUCCAAAAUCAAAAGAGACAACAUUUGGUUCAGAAGAAAACAUAUCAGCUGACAAACAUGUGGCAAAUUUGGCUUCUCCAAAACCAAAAGAGACAACAUUUGGUUCAGAAGAAAACAUAUCAGCUGACAAACAUGUGGCAAAUUUGGCUUCUCCAAAAUCAAAAGAGACAACAUUUGGAUCAGAAGAAAACAUAUCAGCUGACAAACAUGUGGCAAAUUUGGCUUCUCCAAAAUCAAAAGAGACAACAUUUGGUUCAGAGGAGAACAUAUCAGCUGACACACAUGUGGCAAAUUUGUUUUCUCUAAAAUCCAAAAAGGCAGUUGGUUCAGAAGUAAGUGUAUCUGCUGAUAAUGAAAUAUUACCAAAAACAACAGUUUUGCUUUCAAACAGAAAAUUGGACAAUAAUGAAGCAGUUUCAUCCGACCAUCCUGAAGAAUUAGCACAGGACAAAGCUAAAAAAAGGAUUGGCAGCAGACCAAAACAGGAGAACAGAGUUUCUGCUAGCCGCACACUACCUACUAUUACUAGAUAUGUAUCGAGUCUACAGAGUGAAAGAACUCCACCAUCCAUCAAAAGCCCUACAGAAUUAGAUAAACCAAGUAGUUCUUCACUUGAUGUCCACUCUACAAUGACCAGUGGUAAACUAGAGCUAAGUAUUGAUGAUAAAAAAGAGAACAGUGAUACAACUUUGGUCCUUAGUAAACCUGAGGAUGAAGCUGUUUACUGGAUUGACAGAAAAGAGAAUACAUUUUCUCCAAACUGUAAAGCAUCAUUGAAGAAAAAGAAACCUGUAAUUUCUCAGUCAUUUGAGGAAAAAUUAUCAUCAGGGUUUGGAUUACAACAUAAACCUUUAUCAGCUACUUCUAUUUCAUUUGGAAAUGAAGUUUCUCAAUCAAAGAAUGAAUCUGAAGCAGUCAAUCUUAACUCUGUGUCAGAAGAUGCACUCUCCAGUAGUAAAGUAAUACCAAGAUUCAGUUCAUGGAUUGGUUUUAAGAAAAAUGAUUCUACCCCUGAAUCAGUUGGAAGUGCUAGCAUCAAGCAUAACCAGAAACAAUACUCCAUGCCCAUGAAGGAAGAUAAAAAGUUAGAUGUUAAGGAUUUAGCACAAACAAAUAAUACCAUAAAACAAUUUAAUGAUGUGGUUGGAGUAAAUAGACCUUUACCUCCUGCGCCAUCUAUGACCACCGAUGUUUCAGAGCCAUUGCUAGAUUGUUGGGUUGAAAGGAAGGAAUCUUUUCUUUCUGAUUCCAAAGCAAAUUCUGGACAUUGGAUAUAUACACACACAAGACCACAGUUAUUUGCUAAAAACGACAAUAACAUAGAAACUUCUGGGAGAAGUGAAAAGUCUAAUGAAUUUGUUAAUUAUGAAUCUAGCUAUGGGAAUGAACCGGAAACUCCCAAUACAGCUGAUUUUCCUAUAAAGGAAAACAAACUUCAGCAAAAAAGUAUUGAAGACACAUAUUUGAAUAAAAAAGCGGCUUCUGAAUACGGCCUUGACAGUGUAAAUUCUAAUGAGGAUGUCUACCCUCUGGAGGAAGAAGGUAUAAAAUUAAAAGUUGAAUUAGAAUUUAAUCAGGGUGUUAGCAGAACAGAUACUCAGGCACCUGAGGAUCAAUCUUUUACUUUUGUCAAGGAAUACACUUCUGUUGAACCUAAUAGUUCUCAGUCUGAAAAGUUCAGAAAACCAUCUCAAUCAGAUAGCAAUAACAAAGACUUGUCCAAAAUGCCUGAGUCUGGAGUAUAUUUUGUUGAAAUGAAUUCUGAUGAUGGUGAAGAAUCAAAUAUCUCUGGUUAUCCUGUUGAAUACAAUAAUGGCAUUAUAUCAUAUUCAUCAUAUCCCAAGCAACAAAAUCUGUCAUCAGAGCCUUAUGCAGAAUCAGACCCUUCUAAACAGUCAAGUUCUGAUCAUUAUGAGCCACAAAAACCUACAAUGAAAUUGAGACAGUCUCAGAAAAAUUAUUCACCUCAUUUCACUGAAAGUGUAAACGAAACUGAAAUUGAUUCACACUUUGAGAAUAAUUCGGAAGCAGACAUGCUAUCCAAAUGGAAUGAUACUAAUAGUCCUGUCAAAGCAAAAUCUAUUACAUCAGAUUUUUCUCCUAGAGAAAGAAAUUAUCAAGACACCCCAUCGUUUUCAGAAUCUUGCUCAUCUCGAAGUCAUCCUGUUAGAGAAAUGUCUCCAAUUGCAAAUCUCCGUGAUAUGGUUCUCAAUGAUGAAAAACUUGCAUAUCAACAAUUCCUAAAUAAGCCUUCUGGAAACUACAAAAACUUAAAACAAUCUCCUGAAAAUCAAUAUUCAUCAAAAGCACUGAAUUAUCGUUUGUAUGAGGAUGACAAUAUCUUUAAACCCACAGAAUUAAGUGAUGCUUUUGAAUAUACUUCGUCUACUUCGGAAAUGUUACCAAAUCCUGCUGCACCCAACCGGAACAAAACAAAAUAUAACACUCAACCAUCACAUAAAUUUGUUCAGUCAGAUUUAACAGAUUCCUCUCAACAGUAUGUAAACACUGAUUCAUCUGAUUUUGUUGUGGACUCAGGUAGACAUCUUUGAUAUCCUCUCAUAAACUCAUAUCAACAAUACUGACAGCCUUCCUUUUAAUUUGUUUUUCCUACUUUCUUCGUAAAGUGAAGAACUCUCUUUUAUUAUAUCAACUAACCACUGUAUCAGUAUCUAUUAUUUGGGCAAUAAAGUGAAUUUAUACCAUUUA